UGAAGUCUUUUUUAUCUGUACUCUGAAAGUCUUGACUUGACUCAAACACUCUUGUGUUGAUGAAUCACUUAACUAAAUUUUGGACUAAAAACGGAAAUAAGAAUCUUUAUUAAUACUUAUAAGUGACAGUGUAUUCUCCAAAAUGGCAUGUCAGGCGUGUCUGACCCGGGUGCCUUAUGCCACCCUUAUAGCAACCAUUAUGUGCUGCAUGGGCGUGGGAGUGUUCUGUGGCACUAUGUACAAAGGGUCGCAACUAUCAAUACAGAUGUUCGACCAAGUAUUUCACUUUCGGCUGAUAUGGAUGGAAGCAUUGAAGAUGAUAUUCGUCGUCGGCAGCGCUUGCAUGGCAGCCCUAGGGCUAAUGCUGCUGUGCCUCGGGUGCUUGACGACGGGGGCGACGCGGCAGAAGGUGUACCGGGCGUGGCGCGCGCGCGUCAGCGGCCGCGUCUCCUGCGCGGUGUUCAUGGUCAUCACCUACAUACUAACCUUCACCUGGGUCGUUCUGCUGGGAUUCCUGGUCAUAACGACAUUCUUAUUCACCAUUUUCUGGAAGCUCUGUUCCAAACCUGAGAACAUCAAGUUAGCGACGUGCAUUGACUUCACGCAGUUUGAUUUCAUGUUCCCUUCCAAUGUGAAACAAGAAGACAUGAAAAUCUGUGAUUCACAAAUGAUGAAAUUUUUUUGCAAAGAUUAUGUGGAGAAGGCAGAAUUUAUGUUUAUUUUGGCUAUGGUGUCCUGUGUUCUUGUAAUACUAAGUUUAGUUCACUACCUUAUGUGCCUGUCUGCUAAUUAUGCACACAUUAGAGAUCAUGAGAAGUUCCAAGAACUACAAGAGCUGCAGUACUUGACAAACCCUGACCUGCAUGCAUCUAAAGAUCGUUUCUAGUACAUAGCCCGCGCACCCCUUCUGCGCUCUCUGGAGGCCACUACUAAAAUGUGACAUUAAUAGAAAGAAAGAUUGAAAUUCCACAGUUCUGUGUUCACCUACAUACAUUUAUGUAAUUGAGAAAGACUGACCAGCAGUGAAUUAGCCCUAAAACAUUGUAAUGUAACAUCUUGAAUGAUAUAGUACAGGGGUCUCCAGACCCCGGACUGCAAUGCAUUCCAAUCUGGCCCACCGACACCCAAACCGAGUGCCCACUGUCCGGCCUGCUUGAGCCAGGCUCCAGGGGUCAGCAUUCAUUGAGAGUGGAACUGUUCCUAACAGCAGCAACCAGACACCCUGACACGCAAAAAGCGACAGUGGCCCGCGCGAAAUUUUCUGAGGGGUAAUAUGGCCGUCAGGUAAAAAAGUUUGGAAACCCCUUAUAUAGUACAUUGUGCAACGUGGGGGGUAAGCGGAAUAUUGUACUGAGGUGAAUUAAAGACUCAAGUAACAAUAUUCUUACCCCCGGAGUUACACACAAUAUUUUUCAUCACACUUGCAUAGAAAAAACUAAAUUUUAAGUGAAAUCAUAUUUAAAUACGGUGACACUUAAAACAUUUAUCUGCCAUAUUGAAAUUCUUUGGCAGUGUGGGCAUCAACGGCACAGACCCAUCAACAUUAAGCCACAAUUGAAAAUUGUUUAAAAAUAUUUUAAACUGCUAUUAAAUUAAUCAAAUUAAAUAUUGUUAAGCAUAAACAAAAAUAUUAAAUAAUAAACGUCGGUAUUUUAAAAGUAAAACUCCUUUAUACCUUUAUAUGAUUUGUAUGAGUUUGUGACAUAAUUAAAAAAAAAGCUAUAACUCCCUAGGGAGCUAUAGCUUUUUUUUUUUCACAAUCCAUAACUCCUGCAGGAACAAUAUAGGCCUUUGUCCUUCAGUACACCUGCAUGAAAUAAGGUAUUAUAUUCGAGCAAGUGCGAUGAAAAUAUUCAUUCACAUCUUUACAUAUCUAAAAUGACUAUGUGUUGCUGUUUUGCACUGGUACUGGUACUAAAAAGCAAUUUUGUGUAAUGAAGUUUGACCCUAAUGUUCUGAAUUACUUGUGCUCAAAGUUUUUCCAGAUGAAUGACUGUUCUCUCUUGAUAUAUUGUUAAUUGUGUUGCAACUUACCUUCUGCUUUAGCAACUAUUGUUUAGCAAUCAACUUCCUACAGUACUUGUUACAAAGUAAACAUUUCCUCUUGCUAUCCGAAAGGCUAUGCAGGCAGCCUAUUUUAAGUAUGUAUUGUAAAUAGACUGAUUACUAUUUGAGUUUGGUCCAUUUUCCUACAUUCCUCUAGUUUUAAGUGAUAUGUUAUAUUGACUUAAGUGUAUUAGUAAUUGUAAGGAACACUGAGUGGAUACAUUUUUAUAUAUUUAGAAUAAUAUAUUCUAUUAAAUAGGUGCUUUUACUAUUUUUUCUUUUGGCUUUAAAGUUCUCUCUUUUGACCCUUUUGGCAAUGAGGACAUGACUUUAGAAUCCACCUGAUAGCUAUGGGCCACUUAACAUCAGCUGCUAACAGUUUUAUAUUCUUAGCCAUUUUUUUUUUAAGUUUGUGUGGUAUGUUUUUAUCCUCUCAACAUAUGAUUAGCCCAUAUGGUUGACAUUAAGUGUACAGUCAGGUGCAGAGAUAACUGCAAACAAGUUUCUAUGCAUAUCCGCCUCCCCCACCUCGGGGGCAAGUUAUCUCUGCAGCUUACUGUACAAUAUUGUAAAACUUAGGCCCAUCAGAGUUCACAUUUAUGCCAAUAAGUUCACUAUAAUUUCCUUUAGUUCAACAACUAUGCACUUUGCAACAUAGCCUUGCUUAAGUAAAUGUAACAAAAUAAUAUUACAUUUAAGUAACACUAAUUCUUGUUCUUGUUCUGUUCUUGCUCUUGUUCAAAUUUUUUUUUUAACCUUUUGGACGCUAAUGUCCGAUAUAUCCGCACCGCAGAUUCAACGCCAAAGACUGAUUAAUCGGUCACAGACCACAGAGCAACAUAGACCUACGUGCAUGUGUAUAAAGUUCAAUUUCAGUUUUGACACUUUGGUGACGUGGCGUCCGCGUGACAGCUUUUGUGUUUGACACUGCGUCGAAAAGGUUAAAUAAAUUCAACCAAUUACUCCAGGUAAUCCCAGCUGUUAUCACUAAUAGUGACGGAUGGUUUUUUCCCAUCUCCAUUCCCAGUGGUAAAUUGCCAUUACCACUGGGAAAAACCAAAGUGAAUUAAUGGUAAUUAUUAGGAUUUUUUCUGUUGGUUCCAGUGGUAACAAAUGAGAAUAAAAAUAGUGGUGGUGUUAAUUUGGUGUUAACAGCUGGGAAUAACCAAUAUUCCAAACUUAAAUGUCACAAGCACAAAGAUGGGUACUUACCUAAUGUAUUGUUCAAAAAACUUGAAAAAAAAAAUUCAUAUUUAAAUGAACUAAAAUGUAAUAUUUGUACAAAUAAUAACUAGUACUGAUAGUCAUAGUCUCAUACGAAUGCACAUUCACAUCAAUGUACUAACCAACAGUGUCAUAAGACUAAUACAGGAAUUUUAUGCUCUUUUUUCGUAUGCGGGUUAACCGUUUACCUUUUUAAAUCUAACAUUUAAUUUAAGAUAAUUAUGUUCCAACUUAAAUAAAAUAAUAAAAAACGGAACUGAAUUGAUAACCAAAGAUUGGAACUGAAAAUACGUAUAAGUUGUAAAUUUAACCCUUUCAGUAAUUUUUCCAGUUGGUCUUAUACGUGUACUUAUGUCUUAUGACAAGAUGAGUUAGCAAUGUUAGCAUGGUGUCUUUUUUUUUGGUACAAUGACUAAUGUUGACUGAUAAAACUAAAAACUAACAUGUGCAGUAAGUACUGUCAUGAAUCAUGUCGAUGCACUUGAUAUCUACCUAAAAUAAGGAUUCAUAUACUUUCCUUGUGAAAUUUGACAGUAUUUUCCUUAGGUUAAAGUAAAUUAUAAAUCUUUGUAUGCAUUUUGCCUAGACUUAUGUUGUUAGCAAUAGUAAUAAGUAGGUAAUUAAUAUGAUUUUUAUAUUAAUAAAGGUUCUUUACAGAAAAAAA